AGAUUUGCAUUUUGUGGUUUAGAAAAAUUGACCCACGUUCCCGCAGACCCUGCACAAAACACAAACUAACCAAAUUCGUUGAUCUGUGAUGGUUUUGCUGUAAACAUCAUUAAAAGUGGAGAUAUUUUUUUAAUGGGCCAUCGAAAAGAAUCGAGGGGCCUUGGUAUCUAAUGGAUCGUCCAUCGGUCGUUGGGCAAACCGGUUAUUUGGUGUUGAACUCGGAAGGUGCUGUUUUAACUAGCGGUGGAGAUCUCGACAAUGACGAACGUGUCGCGGGAUUGUUGUAUGGGUUACUAAAGAUAGCUCGGAAACUUUUUGAUAACCCGGUGCUCGAUGAAAGCUUCAAAAGGUUUUCUGUCAUAUACGACGACCACGCCUAUGUAGUAUGCCUUUCUAAUCGCAAGGUGUAUAUUGUAAAAAGACAGCUUCAGGCAAGCGACAACGCCGUCGCAUAUUAGUCCGUGAUGUACUUUAUUAUCUAUCUUACCAAGAUGCGAUUUCUACAGAUAAUUAUUCUGAUUGGCGGCAUUUGUUUCUCCGCUUACCAGUUGUAUCAGUUAUUGGAUUGAAUAGUUAUCUCAAUAUCGAAAUAUUGAUUUUUUUUGUAAAAUAAAUUAGUUCUCUGUAAAGUAGUUUGGUGUUAUUUCAACAGUUAACAAAAGAAUUUUGAUUUUUUUGGUUGGGUUGCACUAUUUUAUAAUAAACAUUUAUGUAUUAUGAUGGUA